AUGAUACCUCACACUGGUUGUUUCCCAACGUUGGUGGUCAUUCUGGCGUUUUUGACCGUGUUUGAUGGACACGCAGAGGUUCAAAACAAGUCGAGUGGACCGAGGGAAGACUCGGCCGGCGUGAGAAACGGGAGCCAAGUGAGGAGUCCGUUGUCAAUAGAAUUAGGGUCCAGUGAAGGCCCGCAGGAGGACUGCCUUCGCACGAGUCGCACGAUGAUUGGCGUGUUGUCCAGCCUGCAACGCCUGAGCGACCGGCUGACGGCCAUCCAGACGCUGAGCCAGGAGCAGUCCCGCCGAUUCGAGACCCUGGACUACCGGCUGACCAGAUUGGAGGUGCAGGAGCAGGAGCGGGCCGAGUCCCUGCGCAAGUCGGUGUCCGAGGUGUCCAAGAACAUGCAACAGGCCACCUGGCAGAAUGGACAAAUCGUGUCCACCUUGGAGACCAUCAGACAGGGGCAGGACGAGCACAAACACGCGAUUUCGGUGCUGGCCGCCAACCCACCGGAGACCAAAGUCAGCGUCAAGGGAGGAGGAGAGAUUCUGCACAAGAUCCAAUCUUUGUCCAACGCCGUCCAGGGCACCAAGGCCACGAUUGCGUCGAUCAAUGAGAAAUCUGCGACUGUAGGAAAAGAUUUAGCGGCCUUGACUAAUUUGACAAGAAAUCUACAGAGUGCGCAAUCUAAUCUGCUAACCAGACAAGCCUUCGCCUCGUCAAUCAUUGAACUGAAGCAAGUUAAUCCAGGUUCAAUUCCCCAAAAAGCCCAGUCAGGUGAACCUUUGCCGAAAGACUGCGAUGCUAUUAUGAAAGAGGGGAAAUUCACGAAGUCUGGGAUCUAUAAAAUCCAACCAAAUCGCAUGUUAGGACCAUUUUUCGUUUUUUGCGAGCUCGCUGACCGUGGUGGUGGAUGGACGGUGAUUCAGAACAGAUACGAAGGCGCCGUUAACUUUUACAAGGACUGGCUGGAUUACAAAUAUGGAUUUGGAAACAUUGGCGGCGAGUUCUGGCUCGGUUUGGAGAAAAUGCAUCUGUUAACAACAGAUAAGGUUAACGAACUAGUAAUUGAAUUGGAGGAUUUCGAUCACCAAAAGGUGUAUGCGUAUUACUCGGCUUUCGCGGUAGGCUCUGAGGUGGAAGGGUACUCGUUAACUUUCCUCGCUGGUUAUGAUGGAGACGCAGGGGACUCUCUCAGCUAUCACGCCGGCAUGAAAUUCUCGACAAGAGAUUUUGAUAACGACCAGUGGCCUGACGGAAACUGUGCUACGACCCACAGUGGUGCCUGGUGGUACAAUGGAUGCGAUACGAGCAAUCUCAAUGGAAUGUAUUUAAACGGCGAUUUGCCUGAGAUCCACGAGUACAAGGGUAUGUACUGGUACGACUGGCAUGGACCAACUUACUCUCUUAUGAGCACAAGAAUGAUGAUCAGACCAAGAACAGACGCGGCGGAUGGGUUGGAUUCACAAAAGAAAAACUCCACAACGAGCAACAAUAAUUCUAAAACGAAAUUGACCGACAGGCAGAAGGCCGAGCCUGGUUUAAAAAGAGCUGGAUAAAAUUGCCAAAAUGAUUAAAGCGUUGUAGAGGAUAUUGCAAUAUUUGAAGUACGCAGUUUUUGGAAGAGAAAUAAAUAAAAAUAAUCACGUCAUUGAACGUCAUUAAUUUAUAUAUCUGACGUCAACCUGCGCAAUUCUUGACUCAAAAAAAAACAAAAAUCCUUGGAAUGAAGAUCAAUUUGAUGAAUUUAUGAUAUUGUUUUUGUCUUGAUGAUUUGUUCUUCAUAGCACGUUAUCCCAUUAUGUCUACAUUAUGCGGGAAUCGACGUCGGAAUGACGAUAAAGACGUUUAAAGAACUACGUCCUUUAAUUGUAAGAGAUAAAAGUAAUAAAAUUAAGUAAACAUCGAUCAGUUUUGCAAUCUAUAAAUAAUAAAGCGUUUGAUCACGAUUGCCAAGUUGCAUUUUGGGGCUCAAGCGAGACACAUGGAUCAUUUUUCGCUCUUCGUUGCUGUAGCAGCAAUUUUCGCCGCAACAGAUGUGGUGCAAGGGACGCUGUACGACAUGCAAGAAGGCAUACCUCAAUGGAUAGUGACGCCUUGCAGAACAGGAAAUAGGCUUGGAGCAUGGAUCGAAGACGCCGCCGCAAAUUACCAGAUGACUGAAGGUGGGAAGGUGGUGGUCUCACAGAAGAACAAGGAAUCUUGCAUGCGAGCCCCUGCUCAAGUGAUUCAGCAAGACUAUAAACUAACGAUCAGAAUAUUUGUCUCGCGAGAGGGUUAUAAUCCUGGCAGGAAAGAUGUCCUCGUAGUUAGAUUCGUGGAGGAAGGAAACGGCAUUGUGCAUGACGUUGACAUCAACCAAGAUUUGUUUGUCAUCGGCUGGCAAACAGUAACGUUUAACCACCCAAGUUUGAGUUUUGGGUCUAAAGCCUAUUCGGCUGAAGUUGCGUCAGUGAAUACAGGACAGGCCUACACUGCAAUAAGAUGGUUCAGUAUUGGCAGUGAAGGCCUAUCGCCUACCACUACUACGAUUGCCACUGAAUCGACAACUUGGGAAUAUCCCACGACCGAAAUUGAAACUACUACCACUGCUGAAGACACCACCGUGGAUCCUGAAACAACCUCCUGGACGAAUCCCUCGACUGUUAAUGCAACACAACCUACAGAAGCCACCACUCUGUUUGAGGAAGAAACAACAAGAGAUUCGUCAGAUUUUCCCACAACACCAACUCCAUUGACCUCUACCACAACGGAUGCUACAACAACUAGAAGGGUGGGCUGUCGUAGUAGCUGGCAUCGCAAGAAAAAUUAAAUAAAUAUAUGCUAAUGCUUGAGCCUCUCAUUGACAGAAUUAAUUUAAGUACAUUAUUCUCGUUGGAAUUCAACUACCAUCAAAGGUUGAGAGAUUGUAUUAUCCAUUUUUUGCCUACACCAGACAAUAUUGUAGCAAAUAAAAUUGAAAGGUAUUUUUAGAGAUAAAAAGUGAUAUACAUACUUGCUUGUUCAA